ACCAAGAAAGCGUUUCAGUUUAUGUUGUGAUUCGAACGCAGCGUGUCUUGUUGUUUCAUUUCACCGUUGGAUUAAAAAUCCUAUUCACUGUAAGAUCGAAGCCGCACUUCGAUUGGUUAUGGUGUAGCUAAACCGAGAAAGCAGAACGAAAACCACCAAAACAUUGUUUGUAAAUUACACAUAAACUUUGUUUCAUAUUAGACUGCUGCCAAUUUCACAUCAAUAUUCGGAUGAGGUAGUUUUGUGAGAUUUUCAUAGUUGACUAGUAAAUAGAUAAAACAGGAGAUGACGGCCAACGGAAACGUGCUCUCAGCUCCAUCAACGGGCAAAAGAUACAGAUCAAGUUCUAUGAGUAAUACACUCGCAUAUGCCGGCCUUUUGUUGGUUGAGUUGAUAUUAUUGGUUAUUAAGUUUGUAUAUACAACCAUUGAAUCAAUACUGCGAGCAUUUUUACCGCCGCUAGAAAAAUCGUUAGUGGAUGAAAUAAUAUUAAUUACUGGAGCUGGUCAUGGAAUUGGUCGAGAACUAGCAAUUUUAUUCGCUGAACAAAAUGCAAUAAUCGUAUGUUGGGAUCUUGAUGAAAAAGGCAAUGAACAAACGAAACAAAUCCUCAAAAUUAGAGGACAUGAUCGAGUAUUUACUUAUAAAGUAGACGUAUCAAACAGACAAGAAGUCUUAGAUGCUGCUGCUAUGGUGAAAGAAAAAGUUGGAGAUGUAUCCGUGCUGGUGAAUAACGCUGGAAUUAUGCCUUGCAGGCCCUUAUCGAAGCAAAGUCACGAAACCGUAGAAAAAAUAUUUAACGUGAACGUACUGGCACAUUUUUGGACGUUGGAAGCAUUUUUGCCCAGUAUGAUUGAAAGAAAUCAUGGUCAUGUAAUAGCUCUAUCAUCAAUGUGUGGUGUUAUUGGACUUCCCAAUGUCGUACCUUAUUGUGCGUCGAAAUUUGCCGUAAGAGGGUUAAUGGAAGCGUUAUAUGAAGAGUUAAGAACAGGUGACACAAAGAAUUCAAAAUCAGAUAUUAAGUUUACUACUGUUUAUCCUAUAAUGGUUAACACCGGCUUGGUAAAGAAACCAAGAAACCGUUUUCCUUUCUUAUUAGAUAUGCAAAAACCCGAAAAAGUUGCUAAUAUUAUUGUUAAAUCAAUGAGAAGGAAUUAUAAAGAAGUCAGUAUACCAUGGUUGUUGUUGCCUCUUGAUCGGAUAUCUAGAUUGUUUCCCGGAAAAUUUAUUCAAAAUGUAAAAGACUUCAUUGACACAGGUUUAGAUCCUCAUACUGACGAGUAUUAAUAUAAGAAAAAUAUUAUUUGUCUUUCAAUGACAGUUUUUACCAAAAAAUGUUAGGCAUCUUAUAUUUUGUUAUAAACGUUAUAUAUAUAUAUAUAUAUAUGUAUACAUUAAAUUAUUUUACAUUGUUUAUUACCAUUAGUUGAAGCUCAAUUGUAAUGUUGACUUAAUUUUUAAGUUGUAUAUAUACAUGUAUUCAUCUAUAAAUAUCUUGUAAAUAGGAAAUCAAGAGGGGAAAUUUCACAGAAAUAAUUUAUUGAGAAUAUAUUUUAUUAUAUGUAACCAAUGAUACCUAUUAUUUAAAAUAUACAC